UUCUUGUUCAGUUCCUCUUCCGACAAUAUCAAAACUACAUACCACUUCUUUCCCUUUGGAUUUUCGAAUCUCUCCGCCGCCUUAACUGUUCAGCUCCGUUGGUACUUCGGCAAUCGGAUGUCGGACCCGGAGAUGCAUAUGUGGAGUUCUUGUUUCUGUCUGAGUCUAAUUUUCCUUGUCAGGUGAUACAGCUCUAGUUCUUGUAAUCGAAACAUGCUUCUUUGAUUCUUAGGGUUUUGUUAGAAUUGACGAAUCGGGUUGUUAUAAAAAUAGGGUUUUUUUUUAGGUUUUGGUUUCAUAGCUUCUUGUUCUGUGUAGUUUAGGCUAAGAAUUAUAGAAAUUGGGGGUUAGGGUUUUGUUAGAUUAGAGAUGAAAGGAAGAUCUUAUAGGUUCUCUAGCACGGAUCCUCAUGAGGAUUGGGUUGAUGGAUCCUGGACUGUGGAUUGUGUUUGUGGUGUGAACUUCGAUGAUGGAGAAGAGAUGGUGAAUUGUGAUGAUUGUGGUGUUUGGGUUCAUACUCGUUGUUCUCGUUAUAUUAAAGGUGAGGAGCUUUUCACUUGUGAUAAGUGUAAAAGCAAGAACAAUGUUAAUGAUAGUGAGGAGACUGAGGUUGCUCAGUUGUUGGUUGAGUUGCCUACUAAGACCUUGAGAAUGGAGAAUUCGUGUACUCGGGGUGUUCCGCUGAAGCGUCCUUUUAGGUUAUGGACUGAGAUCCCGACCGAGGAAAAAGUUCAUGUGCAAGGUAUCCCAGGCGGGGAUCCGGCUCUAUUUGAAGGGUUGUCGUCGGUUUUCUCCCGGGAUCUUUGGAAGUGUACUGGUUAUGUGCCUAAGAAGUUUAACUUUAAGUAUAGGGAGUUUCCAUGCUGGGAUGAGGAAGAGAAGCAGAAGGAUGAUAUUGAGAAUGGGUAUCAGGAGGAAAAUGGUGCAGGGGUUUUAUUUUCGAUGUCGAAGGAGAAUGUGAUUGCUGCUCCUGUGAGUGCUUUGGUUGGAAUGAGGAGUCUUGAUGCUAAGGGAACCAAUGACUUGAAGCAUGGUUGUGCAAAAGAUGGGAUUAGUUGGGAGGACCCUGGGGAUGCAGAGAUGAAGCAGUCUCGUAGUGCAAUGAAGAAGGAUAAGAGGUUGCUUCGUCCUUUGAUCACGAAUAAACGAAGAAAAGAAUUGUUUGGAGCCUCGAAAGAGCGGAUCAAGAAGAAGGUUGAAGUUGCAGAUAAAAAAGAGGAUGAUAAGAAAGGUUUUGUCGGUAAAACAGCAGUUCGAUCAACGAGUGAUUCUAAGCCAUCAGAAUCUCGUAAGGACUUAGAACCAGAAGGUUUGGCUAGCAACGUUGGGAUCACGAAGAGUGAAAAGGCCAAGAGAGCUGCUUUUGGAGAAUCUAAUGAUGGUGGCCUUUCUCUGAAAACUGGCGUGGAUGAAUCUGGUAAUUCAGAAAUUGGUGUUGAAUGCUCCAGAGAACAGAAUCUUUCUGACGUUCAUGCUAAUGGUGCUGGAAAACAGGAAGAGAAAGCUGGUCAUCAUUUCCGAAUUGUGCUUAAGAGCUCUGCAGCUGCUGAUCCUUCCGUGCUCGGAGGAAAAGAUGUUCCACAGAGUGAGGCUAAUAAGGAGGACGAGAGACAAGGCACAAUAGCUGACGCUCCAGAAGACACUGCAGGCGAUUCAUCUGAAAGUUCGCUUAAGCCUUCUCCUGGUUCCACAAUUGGUAAAGCACGAGAAUCUGAAGAGAAAACUGGUGAUGAUGCCAGUGGGAAUAUCAGUUCGAGGAAGAACAAAUUCCUAAAAGAAACAGCUGAUACUGGUGCCGGUGGAGCUGUAGGCCCUAUGGAUUCUAGAAUUUCAGGGACGUCGACAUCUCAUAUCUCUGGCGCUUCUGAAUUGAACAUAAUGAGACCGAGCAGUUCACUUCCUGAUGAGCACAGACUGCAGCCUGUUGGUAUGGUAUCAGAAGGACUUAGUAGUGGCAAUAGAGAUAAAACUUCUGAAUUAAAACAAGAAAUAAUGGUUUCGGAAGCAGAAAAAGAUAUUCUGGAAUCAAAGCCUGGAUCUGGUUUAUUUCACGAUUCAUCAAAGCCUUUUAGACCUACUCCACACACGGUUUCAGGAAACGGCAGGCCUAAGAUGGUAGUAUGCAUUGGAAAAACAUCAGCAAGUUCAGCCACAGAAAAGUCUUCUAGGUGUGACGAUAAUCCUAAGCCCUCAACUUCCAGGAAUUCUAAUCCUGGCUCUAAGCAAGAACCAGGUGGCGAUGAUACUGAUUCUGAUGCUGAUGCUAAUGCCAAUGACGAGGACUGUACUUCCAGUGAUGUGAUCCGAGAGAGAGAUGGGAAGGAUGAACCUUCAGAGAAAGCUCUGAAACAUCCUAAAUUUCCUAUUACCUCUACAAAAUCAAUGCAGCAUAACCGUACAUCCCAUUCUUCAGUUUCCAAGACAAGAGAGUUUUCCUCUUCUUCAAAGACAUCUUCAGCAGCUCGGCUUAAUGGUGGUUCAUCCGAUGCUCCUAAUAAACAUUCGCUUCCAGGGACCUUCCCGAAAAAUGAAAAGCCUGGACAAUCAGUAUUCCAGUCAUCAACUAAGAACCCUGUGCAGUCUAUAGUUUCUAAUGCUCCAAAUUUGAGCGAUGAAGAGCUUGCGUUAAGACUGCACCAUCAACUCAAUAGUUCUCCUCGGGUUCCUCGUGUCCCGCGCAUGAGACAGCCUGGUAGCUUGCCCCUGUCUCCAACCGCUCCUAGUUUUAAGCGCACUUCUAGUUCUGGUAGCAAGGAUCACACAACGUUUUCCAGAAGGAAAAACAAGGAUGCAUCCAAAGAAGGUCACCGCAAUUUGCGUGAUGAUGAUGGAUGUAGUACAAGGAGUGCCAAAACGCGUCGUUCUCCUGAUAGGAGAACACAACAAGACAGUGGAAGCAGAGGAGGGAGUUUACGUUCCAAGGGGGAAGAAAAUGAAACCCCCAAAACCUCUUCUUACUCCUCUCGGAAAGUACAUCUCCCACCAAACUCGACUACAAGCACAAGCAGCGGACCGUGUUCAUCCAGCGAGUUGAAUGAGCACAAUAAGCCUUCUCCACACAGUUCCCCUAGGAAUAAUGGUACUCCAGUACAUCGAACUUUGCCAGGCUUAAUCAAUGAAAUCAUGAGCAAAGGCAAGAGGAUGGCAUAUGAGGAGCUGUGUAACGCAGUCUUGCCGCACUGGCCUCACUUGAGGAAACACAACGGAGAACGAUAUGCAUAUUCAAGCCAUUCACAAGCUGUUCUUGAUUGCCUGAGGAAUAGGCACGAGUGGGCUCGUCUGGUUGAUCGUGGCCCCAAGACUAAUUCGGGGAAAAAGAAACGGAAGCUUGAUGCAGCAGAGGAGGAGUCAGAUGAGAACGAAAACAGUAAGGGAGGAAGGAAGAGACUGCAACAACAUCACUCCCAAGGAGAAGAGUUUCCCAAAGGAAAAAGGAAAGCAAGAAAACGAAGAAGGCUCUCUCUUCAAGGAAAAGGCGUCAAAGUGUUGAGAAAGAAGAGAAACGAAGAAGAAGAAGACGAGGUAAGCGAAGAAGAUGAGGAAGGUGCGUUCUCGGACACAAGCGAGGAGAGUGUCUUCUGCGAAGACGAGGAAGAAGAAGAAGAGGGCCACACUACUGGUGCUGGUGCUGGACGACAAGUCUCAGCUAGUAGCUCUGAAGAAGCUCAAGCCACUUCAUGACUCUAGUCUCUCUUCUCCCUAUGUAAUAUAGAAAGUACUGUAUAUGUGUAUGCAUUAUGUAGCUUUGUGUAUUUUACCAAAAAGCUUUUCUCAAUAGACAAUGUACCAAUAAUUUGUGCUUCUCUAUAGGGCCAAUAUUGGGAAUGGGAUGGUAUCAUUUUCUGAGCUGUAUUUGUGGUUUUGUGGUAUAAUAUAAUUUUUAGGAACAAAAGUCUAAUUUGAUGUAUGUCUGCUUAUCUUA